GCCAUUUUGUGCGCUGAGGGAGGACUUGCGCGCCAGGCACAAACUGACUUUUCCAGCCGACUUUCGUGAUUGUUAUUAUUUUACUGGUUGGGAGGCUGAAGUGAUUCCUGAGGAGGGAUAAAGUCCCGGUUUUCCACAGCGGGGGCUUCUAUGGCGGCGGACAGCCAGGCCGGGCUGGCCGCUGAGGCGACGUUUCCCCUCAGCGGCGGCUCGGAGAGCUUGGGAAGCGGCGGCGGCGGGGCGGCGACGACGACGACGCGGCGCCUGAGCGAGCUGCGGGUGAUCGACCUGAGGGCCGAGCUGAAGCGCCGCAACCUGGACAGCGGCGGCAACAAGAGCGUCCUCCUGGAGCGGCUAAAGAAGGCUAUUGAGGAGGAGGGGGGAGACCCUGACGAAAUUCCCAUGGUGUCAGAAAUAAUCCCUAAGAAGGCGCCCAAGAGAAGCAGCAAAGGGCGCAGGCCAGAGGAAGAGGGAGUUGAAGACAACGGACUUGAGGAUGAUUUUGGAGACGGGCAGGAGGAUAUUGAAGCAAGUUUGGAUAACUUGCAGGAUAUUGACAUGAUGGAUAUUAGUGUGUUAGAUGAAGCUGAAAUAGAUAACGGCAGUGGUAUAGACUGCCAGGAGGAUGGGAGUGCUGAUAGUAGACUUGACUCCCUCUCUGAUAGUAAAGAAAAUGCUGGUGCAGAAAGGAGAGAAGUUCCUGAACAGCUUGCAGAAUGUCCUGUAGGUAACCCGGAGGCACCUCCACCCUUGUCAGAUAUUAACGAAGAAUCGAGGGAAAUGCCCGUAGCCGUGGUAGAGGGCGAAGAUGCGGGAGGCACUCUCAAUCUGGCAUCCUCUGACUUUGCGAAUUUGAAGGAACUUGAAGAUUUCCCCUUGGAAUCAGAAAAUGAGAAAAUGCUCGACAUUUUGGGUGACACUUGUAAAACUGAGCCCCUUAAAGAAGACGCUUCUGAAGCGGAGGAAGCGAAUUCCCCGUUGCCGGGCAAAAAGGCAGCCGAGGACGAGGAAGAUGCGCUUGCCGCCGCCGUUCGUCCGGACGAAGACCUCUUAGAUACGGACAGCCAGUCAGGCCAGGCUGCGGCCCAGACCCAGGAGGAAGAGGAGGAGGAAGAAGAAGCGAAGCACUUAGUGGUAGCGAAAGGGGAGCCGAGCGAACAGACAGUUGAGGAAGCCAAGCUGGACUCUGACUCUUUAGCGGUAGAGAGCAGGAGUGGUGGAGGAGGAGGAGGAGGUGGAGGUGAGAGUAGCAGAGCAGCCCAAACUGUGGAAGCCGGUAGUGAGGAAACUCCGGAGACGGACGCAGGUCCCCAAGUGGUUAGCCAAGAUGCCGAGAAGAUGGAAGCCAAGGCUAAUUGUGAGGAAGAGUCCUCUGCCACUAGAGAGUCCUCUGCCAAAGAGGGUGGUGAUCAGAACACGAGCUCUAAUGGGGAUACAGAGGCAAAGAGCGCUCCAAAGGAGGAGAAAGGUCGCUCCAGUAGUAGCUCUGGCAAAAAUCUGUGGGUUAGCGGUCUUUCCUCUUCAACCAGAGCUACGGAUCUGAAGAAUCUGUUUAGCAAGUAUGGAAAGGUGGUGGGUGCAAAAGUGGUGACGAAUGCCCGCAGCCCCGGCGCCCGCUGCUAUGGCUUUGUCACCAUGUCUUCAUCUGAGGAAGCCACCAAAUGCAUCAGCCACCUGCACAGAACGGAGCUGCACGGGAAAAUGAUCUCCGUGGAAAAAGCCAAAAAUGAACCUGCUGGGAAAAAGGCUACCUCCGACAAAAAAGAAAACGAAGUGAAGAAAGAGAAGGACAGGCGCCAUUCGGCAGACUCUAGAUCAGAAAGGUCUCACAGCCUUAAAAAGGAAGAAAAGGCUGACAAAAAGGAUGAUCCCAAGAAGUCGGAAGAGAAAGAUGGCGCAGAAGGAAAAGAAGGGAAAGAAACGGAGGAGCACAAGACGGGAACCUCUGGCCGUUCACGGUCUGUUAAAUCUGCCAGCCAAGGAACCGAGCGGACGGUAGUCAUGGAUAAGUCCAAAGGCGAGCCUGUCAUUAGCGUGAAAACCACCUCUACAUCAAAAGAGCGAAGCACAAAGAGCCCUGACCGCAAGUCAGAGAGCAAAGAGAAACAAGAUAUUCUCUCUUUCGAUAAAAUCAAAGAGCAGCGGGAGCGGGAGCGGCAGAGGCAACGAGAGCGAGAAAUCCGAGAGACAGAGAGACGAAGGGAGCGGGAGCGGCGGGAGCGGGACCAGCGCGUCCAGGCCGCCCAGGAGUGGGACGUGCGGCAGAAGCUGCAGCAGGAGCGGGAGCGGCUCCAGUUCCAGCGGCAGCGGCUGGAGCGGGAGCGGCGGGAGCGGGAGCGGCUGGAGCAGGAGCGGAUGCACAUCGAGGAGGAGCGGCGGCGGGAGCAGGACCGCAUCCAGCGGGAGCGGGAGGAGCUGCGGCGGCAGCACGAGCAGCUGCGCUACGAGCAGGAGAGGCGCGGAGCGCUCAGGCGGCCGUACGACGCGGACGGGAGGCGUGACGAUUCGUACUGGCCAGAGGCGAAGCGGAUGGCCAUGGACGACCGAUAUCAUUCUGACUUCAGUCGACAGGAUCGCUUCCACAGCUUUGACCACAGAGAUCGGAGCCGGUACCAGGACCAUCCGGUGGACAGGAGGGAAAGUUCAAGGACAGUGCCUGAUCGAGAUGGACAGCACUAUCCUGACGCACGGCAUGGAGGGCCUGAUCGCCACUCGCGGGACUCCCGGGACAGCUGGGCGGGUUAUGGAUCCGAGAGGAGGCUGAGCAAAGGGCGUGGCUUGCCGCCACAGUCCCGAGAUGGGCGUGACUGGGGAGAUCACAGCCGCAAGCUUGAUGGCCAUCAAGAUCGUUCGUGGCCAAGCAACGUGGAUGGAGGGAUCAUGGGACGGGAGCAUGAAAGAUGGCAAGGUGGUGAGAGGAGUCCUAGCCAGUUGGAGCCUAGUCAUGUAAUGAACAGAGGAGGCAUAUCAGGGCGUGGAGGGUUCGUGCAAGGUGGAUCCCCAAACCCAGUGGCGCAAGGAGCCAGUCUGCAAAGCAGCUUUGCAAGUCAGGAUAGAACAAACCAACCCAGCGACCCUCGUUUCACCCGGCACUAUUGAAAACUCUUCCCUUCUUAAUGCUGCGUUAUUCCCCGGUCAUCGCCUGGAACAUUUGCCACUGAAACGGAAAACCACAGCGCCCUCUCCUAGCUUGCAUAUGAUGUGAACUCAAGUGUGUGUGUUUUUAACCCCGAUAUGUGCUUAUCUGGACACUGCUCAGUUGUUUCGGAGGAAACAUUCCAUUUUCCAUAAACAAUAAAGCUAUAUUGUAUUGCG